AUGAGUGCUUCAUUAAUAAGUGCAUCGGAACAUGCUCACAUCAUAAAAUUUACAGGAAAUCCUUCAGGCGACACAGCAACACAUAGCAGCAAAUAUAAGCCGUAUUUCAUCCCACUGCUAAUACUCAUAAUCGUUCUGGCAUUGAUCAUAAUCUUCCUUUUGAUCUGCAUCAUUGUCAUGAUGAAACUGGAAGACAAGGUAAUUAUCAAAUGUCUUGUCCAGCUGAGGCUGGAGUUCUGA